UUUUCUUCUCUCUGGUUUCAUCGCGAUCGGUCAUUGUUUCUCAUUCUUCUCUCUCUCUCUCUACCACAUCUUGCCACCGUGAGCCUUACCACUCAUGGAUCAAGAAAUUGAACAGGUCGUCCAAGCUAUCACUAUUGCUUCGGAUCCUUCCCAGUCUUCACUUCAUCAAGAAGCUAUAGGCUAUCUCAGUACGAUACAGCAAAAUGCCUCAGAAGCUUGGAGAAUUGCCUUGCAUCUUUUUGUUGACCUGAAUGCAGAUGGAACAAGAAGAUAUACCCCUCAAGCUCGCUUUUUUGCUCUCAGAGUGUUGGACGAAUAUCUUGAUAAUCGGUUUGAGCCGUUCGAUCCCGAAUCAUUUCAGACCUUACAGCAAGCUUUGUUAUCCUACGUGCAGUCUGAAUAUUUGUAUGGUCAAUCUGAAGCCAACGCCGCCUACAUUCGCAAUAAAUUUUCACAUACCCUGACACUAUUCUUUCUCUGUACUUAUAUGGAUCAAUGGCCAACCUUCUUCGCGGAUCUUUUCUCCCUCAUCCAACCAGCCGACUCUUCGCAACCUUCCUUCAAUCGACAUAUAUCCCUCCUCUUCUUCCACAUUAUUCUUGAAAUAUCUGGCGAAGUUGCUGACCAGAUGAUCAAAUCCGCACGCCAAUUCAGCACCCAACGUCACGCGCGAGAUGCUCGUGUGAGGGACGCUGUGAGAGAAAGAGACGCCGUACGGAUUAACGAAGCGGUGUUGACAAUCGUGUCGGCAACCGCGGAGAAAAUGACUUCGUUGCAAAAGCAACAGGAUGGAUCUGCUGGAGAACUGUCAGAAGUUGAGGAGGUUGUUGAUUGGGGAAUACGCGCGUUUGGUUCCUAUGUUGGCUGGAUUGAUAUCAACCUCACUGUCACCCCCACCACUGUUCCCUUACUCUUUAAUCUUCUAGCCGAUCGCUCGUUGCCCAUUCGAUUAGCCACAUCUGCUGCCUUGCUAAGAAUUGUUGCGAAGGGACUUAAGGAACCCGGAGACAAGCUACAACUCCUCAAAGUGCUUUCCCUUGGACAGGUCAUAGAUGCCCUUGAAACAAAAACGCGACAACAGCAAGUUGAACGGGGAGGGGAUACGGACGAAGGAGAAGAGUCGUACCGCGAGGCGCUGGGAAAAUUGCUUAAUGUUCUUGGAUUAGAGCUGAUAAAAUUAGAGGAAUCCCAGAACGCAACUGAAGAAGUACGAUCAGAAACUCUGAAGUAUAUCAUACAAAUCCUUCCCGUCCUUUUACGCUUCCUAGCCGAUGAAUACGAUGACACUUGUUCCACGGUCUUUCCCUUUUUACAAACAGUCCUGUCUGGGUAUAAGAGGACCCGAAAGACUUCAACAGGUCCAAUCGAUACAGAAAAACGAUCUUUUCUCACUUCACUUUUGCAAGUCAUACUCGAGAAGAUGAAGUGGGAGAUUGAUGCAUCCCCAGACGAUCCAGAGGAUGACGACAGCCUCGAAUUUGAAAAGAUCCGCAAGGAUCUACGGACCUUCAUGGAUUCUGUUCUAAUAAUUGACCAGGAUCUAGUGACAGACGCUGUCAAGAACCUUGCAUUCUCCACCAUAGAAGCAUAUAAAAAUCAGGUUGACAUGAAGUGGAACGAGGCCGAACUUGCGGUUCAUCUCGUGUAUAUCUUUGGGGAGAUCAAUAAGAGCGGUGGUAAGGGUCGUGCUGCCUUUUGUCUGGCGCCGUCUGUACGCGACAAGGAGGGUUCUAAAAACAUCAACUAUGCCGAUUAUCCUCUCACAACACACGGGGAACUUCUCUUAGCUCUCGUUCAGUCGGGAAUAUCUGCAUAUCCGCAUCAAGCCGUAGCACUGCAAUUCUUUGAGGCGGUAUCCCGGUAUGGUGACUUCUUCAAGGUUCGCAAGGAGUGCAUUGUUCCUGUCCUUGAGGCAAUGAUAGAUUCCAGAGGUAUCCAUAACCAAAACUCUGGUUAUCGCUCUAGGCUAUACUAUUUGUUCUACCGCUUUAUAAAGGAGGAGAGAAAUGAUAUACCUCCAGAAGUGUCAGCGACGAUCGCAGAAAGUCUCCGGGACCUACUGGCCAUUCAAGUAGAACUUCCCAGCCCAGACGACGUAGAAGUCGACGUGUUAACCGACGCAGUAAAAAGUUCUGCAUUUGAUGCACAGCUUUACCUGUUCGAGACCAUCGGCAUACUCUGUUCGCUAUUGUUCAAGAAUCCUGAACAAAUGAAGUCCCUACUUCUGUCGUUCGUGAAGCCCCUAAUGGACGAGUUGUCUGAGGCAUUGCAGGCAUAUACGAAAAACAACCAAGAUAUUGGCCCAGUGGCGAAGCUACAUCAUCUUGUUAUGGCGUUGGGCAACAUCGCCAAAGGCUUCCCUGACUAUCCUUCCCCGGUACCUCCAGGGUAUAUUCUCCCGCCACUAGAUGUAUUCGCCGAAGUGGCACAGGCGAUGUUGGUGUGUUUGGAAAAUAUGAACGUUUACAAACCAGCCCGAGAUGCAACACGAUUUGCAUUUGCCCGCAUCCUUGCAACCGCAGGAUCGACUAUCACUCAUUUCAUCCCUCCACUGAUGUCCAAUCUGCUCAUCCACUUUGAACCAUCGGAGCUUGUUGAUUUCAUGAACUUCAUUGCUCUUCUGAUCUUCAGGCUAAGGGACGAUAUGUUCGACGUACUAGACCAGCUUGUAGGGCCUUUGACAGCCCAUAUUUCGGCCACCCAGAACGAGCCCGUUUCGGGAUCUGAUGAGGAACGAACUCAUUCUGAUACCAAGAAGGCUUAUCUGGCCUUACUCACGUCGAUCAUGACUGUGCGAUUACAUGGCGUCUUUAUUUCCCCACGAAACAACCCAUCAUUUGAUUCGCUAAUGGAGACAAUGCGGAUGCUUGCGGAGGAUACUUCGGACCCGCCCAACCAAAAGGCGGCGUUUACCUUCCUGAGUCGUUGCGUUACAGCAUGGGCUCAGCCGCAGCAGGCCACCACGCCUAAUGGCAAUAGUAACCACAACCCCUUGAAUGACAUGGCGCUGCCUGGAUUUGAAGGUUACAUCUACGAGCGUCUGGUUCCAUCUGCUUUCCGGGUUCCUUCGAACCCUUCUCUUAACUUAAAAGACGGACAAGUCACGGUUGUUCUUCACGAGAUUGCCAAUUUCUUGCAGACUGUCUGCGUGUCAAGAGGAGAGGAGGCUUACAACUGGUUCCUCAAUGUCUUCCUCCCAUCCCAGAACUGGCCUUCAGACGCCGCCAUGCAGUUCGUCACUAAACUCAGGGAACUCGAUUCACGAUCCUUUAGAAAAUACUUUACCGAUUUCGUUCGCUCUUCUCGGUCAUAGCAAAAGCGUUCGUAAGUAUGUAUAUAGUACAACAACAAUACGAUCGAAAUAGAACAUCUUCCUUUCUACCAUCAAUCUUGGUUUCCCAAAUCUCACUUCUUGCACGCAUAUCCUUAUACCUGCUUCAGCAUUCCACUCAUGCAUUCAUCGUCCCCGUACUUAUUGCUCACUUACAUCUACUGUGCUAUCCUCGUAUUACUACUGCUUUUUCUCUUCACGAUCUUUUUCUGAACCCAAUCUUCACGCGUGGUUAUGUUUAUAAUGUAGGAUCAUGACCUUAAGAAAUACUCUGUUAUCGAGGGAGUCAUCCCG